GUGGGCGGAGCACGGCUUUUCCAGCUCUUUUGCCAGCCCAGGUCUUCCCAGUUUUGCCAAGCUGGUGCGGUGCUCGUGUUUCCCCAUCUCGUCGUGGAGCGUCGCUGCCGAGUGGGCGCUAGUGUUCGCGUCGUCAUGGCUGGUUACGAAUACGUGAGCCCGGAGCAGCUGGCCGGCUUUGAUAAAUACAAGUACAGUGCUGUGGAUACCAAUCCACUCUCUCUGUAUGUCAUGCAUCCAUUUUGGAACACUGUAGUAAAGGUAUUUCCUACUUGGCUGGCUCCAAAUCUGAUAACCUUUUCUGGCUUUCUGCUGGUUGUGUUCAAUUUUCUGCUUAUGGCAUAUUUUGAUCCUGACUUUUAUGCUUCAGCACCAGGUCACACGCACGUACCUGACUGGGUUUGGAUUGUAGUGGGCAUUCUCAACUUCGUAGCCUACACUCUAGAUGGUGUGGAUGGAAAGCAAGCCCGUAGAACCAAUUCCAGCACCCCGUUAGGGGAGCUUUUUGACCAUGGCCUGGAUAGUUGGUCAUGUGUUUACUUUGUUGUAACUGUGUAUUCCAUUUUUGGACGAGGAUCGUCUGGUGUCAGUGUUUUUGUUCUUUAUCUCCUGCUAUGGGUAGUUUUAUUUUCUUUCAUCCUGUCCCACUGGGAGAAGUAUAACACAGGGAUUCUUUUCCUGCCAUGGGGAUAUGACGUUAGCCAGGUGACUAUUUCUUUUGUCUACAUAGUGACUGCGAUUGUGGGAGUUGAGGCCUGGUAUGAACCUUUCCUGUUUAAUUUCUUAUAUAGAGACCUAUUCACUGCAAUGAUCAUUGGUUGUGCAUUAUGCGUGACUCUUCCAAUGAGUUUAUUAAACUUUUUCAGAAGCUAUAAAAAUAACACCUUGAAACACAAUUCAGUCUAUGAAGCUAUGGUUCCCUUCUUUUCUCCAUGUUUGCUAUUCAUUUUGUCUACAGCAUGGAUCCUCCGGUCACCUUCAGAUAUUUUAGAGUUACAUCCUAGAGUAUUCUACUUAAUGGUUGGAACAGCCUUUGCCAAUAUCACAUGUCAGCUGAUUGUUUGUCAAAUGAGCAGUACCCGGUGCCCAACUUUGAAUUGGUUUCUGGUUCCUCUCUUCUUGGUUGUCAUAGUGGUAAAUGUAGGAGUAGCCUCUUACGUUGAGAGCGUUCUCCUGUUUACAUUAACAACUGCUUUCACUCUGGCCCACAUCCAUUAUGGAGUACGAGUGGUAAAGCAGCUGAGCAGCCAUUUUCAGAUUUACCCCUUCUCAUUGAGGAAACCAAACUCGGAUUGACUAGGAAUGGAAGAAAAGAAUAUUGGCCUGUAAUCUACAGAGAGAAGUACUGUAAAUUAGAUGCUUGUAAAUAUUUCAUCCAUCACCAUUGAACUAAAUUGAUCUGCUUAACAGACAUGGGAACUCAGUGUGUGUGGUACUUGGACAGCAGGAGUGAUACAUGUGAUCUGAACUUGUGGAAUUUUGGACCUACUAACUCCCAGCUUCUUUUAUUUUGUUUUUUUAUAAAGCCAUGUGAUGUUUUGGUUAAACAUAAUAUACAUUAGACCAGCAAAAUGUUCCUAGUAAUUUUAGCUUCAGGAGUCCGUAAUGUUUUGGUUCAUACAGAGUUAAAGAUGCCUUGGUUUUUAUUUUUAAAACCCCCAAAUUUGUUUAGGAACACUGAUAACAUUCAGAAGACCCAAUAUGUUUUCAUAUUUGGUACUUAGUAGUAGGUCUUUAGCUGUGGAAGCUAUCAGUAGCCCAAAUCCAACAUAAGGAAAAGAUAAGAGCAAGUCACCUUCAGCAAGAGAUGCCAAAUGAUUACAAAACAAUAUACAGUUGCCAAAUACUGGUUUCUCUUUCCCAUGGAAAUGCUUUUUGUCCUCAUGUGCUAAGAGAGCUAAUAUAUAUAUAUAUAUAUAUUUAGAUUCUCUAGUAUUCUGGCUCUCUUUGUUAUGGAACGGAUCUUGAUAAAUGGUUUAAUUUUCUUUUAAAGAAAAAUAUUCUCUUGAGACUUAGUAGAGAAUGGAUUGUAAUUGUAGCUCACUCGCUGGCAUGGUUCAUUGUUUAAAUGUGGCAUUAUUUCCCCCUCAGCUGCAAGUUGCUGAGAUUUGGUGCCUAUGAACUGUGAUCGUAUGAAUGCAUGUGACAGUCCCAGUCUUACAAUAAUUACUUGUGAGGAACACAGAUAAGCUUCCUUAUAAGAAAAAUUUUCUUAGGAGUUAGGAAUCUCAUGAACCUCACUAUGAAAUUACUACUGUGAACCUCACUACGAAAUUAGUUUUCUGAUUUAAUUUGUCCUUCCUCUCUCCCACUGUCUUUUUCUGUGGAAGAGAGUGCUGUGUUUUUUAUUUCGUACAGGAUAAAGAAAUAGAAAUUCUCUCUUCCCCAACUUGCUCACUUCCCCACUUGAAGACAAUUUUUGAUAUAUAUGCCUUACUGAGUAUGUGCUCCCUUUAUGUGACUUGGAGUAAUUUUUGAGGUUUACUGACAAACAUAAAAAUCUCUUUGACUUUAAUAUGGUUGUUUUAUGAUCACACCUUUUUGUGAAUGUGGAUAUUGUAUUUCUUUUUUUAUUUUGUCUCCAUUUAAUUUGGUGGUGAUGAAAUUUACUGGCUGAUUUUCUUUUAUUUUCCACUGAAUGAAUUUUGUGCUUGAAUGAAGAGUGUAUCUUAAACCCUUUUUUUUGGAUGGAUUGCACUUGGAUAAAAUAGGCACCACUGUGUUGAUAUGUAAUUAAAUCCAUAAUCAUUAUUUAUCUGUGAAUGUGACCUUCGUCAAAUUUAAUUAUAGUGUAUUCCUCUUUUGGAUUUUAGUCUGUUGCUUUGUAAAAAUAACUAUGUAAUUGAUAUUUCAGUUUUUAAAUUUGUAAAGUCUAAUCAUUGUCAUUCAGGUUAUUAGAAAUGAGGCAUCAAGGAGCUAACACAUGGUUCUGUACUCAUUUUAAAAAGUUGUAAAGGUUGAGGUAUAUUUGGUGACUUUCUCUGAGACAAAAAUGAACACUGAAAAUAGGUGAGAAAUUGAUGAAGGGAAAUAUGGGUAGUGAUUUCAUGUUUGCUAAUAAAUUGCCAUCAUGGAGGUCAGAGAAUGAGCUAAUUAAGUAAAAGUAACUAUUUUUUGUAUACCUUGUUCUGUGUCAUCUGUAAAAUUGAACUGGAUAAAGUGUUAAUUUGGGCCUGGAACAAAGCUUUGUUUUAAGGUUCUGAGCUAAUCAUUUUAUUGUUUUGUUGACCUUGUAUACAAAAAUGAGGUUAAUCUGUAUUAUAAAAGAACGGAUAAAUAUUUAUAAAAUGACAGAUGUGGACCACAGGCUUUCUUUACCAUGUACAGUAUAGUAAAAACAACAACAAUAACAAAAAAACCCUUUACUUCUGGCAUAGGGUCAUGUCCUGUAGUUUUGGGGCUGUUUUACCUCAAAGUGUGUUUCUGCUCUUUUUCUGUUGCAUCAGGUUUAUUUGAAAAUUGUUUUGUGCCUAUACGUUAUAACAUAUUUCCCAAUGGUGGUUAAGAAUUAUGCUAUAGUCAGUUUUAUUGGCAUCGUUUGAUGAAAGAAAGAUGGCUGUCAAGAAGAUAAAAGAUGAAAAGUGAGUAAUUAACUGUUUCAGAAUACUGUGGACUUGUGAAUCUUUAGUGUACUGUUGACUCUUUUUCUUGGUUUAGUCUGCUGUCUUGAAGUGCAUCAUGAAAGCCCCCAUUUGUUACGUAGUGAUACAGCAGCCGAAGCAGGACUUCAUUACAAAGAGCUCUUGUGAAUUUACGUCAUUGCCAAUUAUCAUAACAUUUCCGAAGUAUAAAAUAUAUUUUAGGUUUAUGCAUGAUAUUUUGGAGUGCGUUCACACCCCAGCCUUUCUCCCAGCAUACGCUGAGCUGCCUUUUGGGGAGCAGUGGCAUGAUUGGUCAUACAUGCAUGUUUUCUGUACAUUUCAGAAUAGAGUGCCUUAGCCAGGCCAGAGGUUUGCUUUGUGUUUCUUCUGACCAAAAUUACCUAGACCUGUAAGAAGUUUCUUUCCAGGUUAUGGUAUGAAAAAUGUCCUUUAUGCUUGUCAGAAAGUAAUUCCCCUGUAUUUGAGGGGGGCAUGGGAUAGAAAAAUCUUAAAAAAUACCUGAGUAUGUUAAUGCUGCCUUUUAUGAUCCUUCAAUAGCAUUCAUGAUCCUAGUGUAACGUACAGUUUAAAAUUGCCACAAUUUAACCAACAUUCCUCCCUUAAUGUAUAAUAGACAUAGUUUAUGGGUUCUAGUCUUAAGGGUAAUAGAGUGAAUAACUUCCACAUAAAGAACUAAAUAGUCUUCCCUGGCAUUUUAAUAAUAUCAUGGUUAAAUUACUUUUAAUUGUAAUUUUAAAAAGAAGGUUCAAUGCUGAUUAUGGCCUAGAAUGUUAUAGUGCUAUUACCAACAUUUCAUUUUUUUUUUUAGUAUAGAGCUGUUGGGAAGAGGAGUGUAUGUCUAGGGUUGCCCAAAUUCUAAAUAGUUACCAAAAGAAUAUUGGUCAUGACCUAGAGCCUGGGCAUUGGGGGAACAUGCAAAGGAGAAAGCAGGCAUAGUAUCCACUUUAAGGGGAAGAAGAGAUCACUUUAGUGCCCAGUGAUCCUACUGCAGUGCACAGUUUAAAAAUUGUCACAACUUAGUCAUUCCUCUACUAACUUCAAGUUCAAAUGUGAAUUUGAAAGACUCCUAAGUGUUCAGUUUUCAAAGAAUUAUUUUAUUUUGUAGUCAGUCCAAAAACAUUUGGAAUGUACCUUGCUUUCCAAAGCAGACUUUGAUUCUCUAAGUUAUGGAGGAUAAAAAGAUAAUCUGAAGGUGUUUGAAUCAAAGGCUACUUUUCCCCUUUAUAUUUUAACAAGAAGCCUAUUUGUAACUCGUCCUGUUCAUUCUUCACCUGGGUUUUUAACUAGCCACUGUCUAGGACAGAGACGCCCACUUGCUCUUUCGCCCCUAGAUCUCGCCACAUUCACAUCUCCUCGAUUGCCUUAUCUCUCUUGACUAGUCAAGGACUGGGAACAUGCCAGAGGGAACAAAGUAAACCUGAUGGACUAGAACAUUUGACGUCGGGUCCCCAAAUAAGCCAAAAACACAUACAGACAUCUUUGAUUGUGUUGAUUCUUAUGUUCAGAGUGGCCUUUAUCUUGACCUCAGUUCUGGACUUGCCUGAGCACUCUAUAGGAAAUUUGUGAAGUCAGACUAGAAUUUUCUUUGUCCUAUGAGGUGUCCUUGUAAGGCAGCAUGCCCAUUCUUGAACACCCUGUGGGUGAAUAACCUUAAGUGAGCUGCCAGUACUUGAACCUUCCAGGAAGAAUUUUAACUAGUAUGCUGCAUUCGAAGCACUUUGACAUGUACAUUUUAAGUGACAGUUUUAACAGCAAAACGGUGUUAAAUUAAUCACUGUGAAACUUGAAAGUGUGAUGCCCUGUACAUUUUAGGAAACAAGUAAAUUUCUGAUUUUCCUUUAUUAAUUAUGUAACCCAUGUGAUUUGUAUAUUUUACUUUUCAUCUUUGACAGUGGUGCAAAUGACUGACUUAUUGGCAGGCAGUUACUUUAAUGGUUGUCUAACUUUUCCAGAGAAAGUGGCAAUGUGUUUACUUUUUCCUUUGUGUGAAGCCACGGGACUUGGAUUUACUGGCUAAUUUAUUUCCAGGGUUUCUACAGUGCAAAAUAAAUGUAACCUUUUAAACAUG